CGAUGCGCGGCGCAGCCCCACUAGAAUUUGUCCUCGAUUUGCAUCUUACGAAACAGCCCAGCGAUCACCGCCGAGUUUCUUCUACUUCACGUUCUCUAGGCUUCGACUCCACACACUCCUUCAAACCGCAGCUAUGACCGUGCCCGAGGAUACCCAGACCACGCAGGUCUCCCAGCUCCGCAGCAUCCUCACCUCCGAGCAGGAGCCUCUCGCGCGCCGCUUCCGCGCCCUCUUCUCGCUGAAGUACCUCGCUUCCUUGCAGCCGCCGAGCGAGGAAACGGUUCCCGCAAUUGAGGCGAUUGCCGCUGGCUUUGGAUCGCCGUCUGCGCUGCUGAAGCACGAGCUUGCGUACUGCCUCGGCCAGUCUCGCCACGAUGCUGCAAUUGCGCCGCUGAGGCAGGUGUUGAUGGAUAAGCAGGAGGAUGCCAUGUGCAGGCACGAGGCUGCCGAGGCGCUUGGUGCGCUGAGUGACAAAGGGAGUCUGGACUUGUUGAGGCAGUUUAGGGAUGCAAAGGAUGAGCCGGAUGUUAUUACUGAGACUUGCGAUAUUGCAGUGGACAGGAUUGAGUGGGAUCAUGGGCUGCAGAAGGGCCAGGAGAAGAUCAAGAAGAGUGACUUCACAUCCAUCGACCCUGCGCCGCCAAUGCCUCAGUCCUCGGACAAGCCUUCCAUUGCUGAGCUCGAGAACACCCUGCUUGACACCAAGCUGCCUCUGUUUCAGCGCUACAGGGCCAUGUUCGCGCUGCGCGACCUCUCGUCACCGCCUGAUCUGCCCACCGCAGUCCCGGCAGUCCAGGCUCUUGCCCGUGGCUUUGACGACCCUUCAGCGCUGUUCCGUCACGAGAUCGCUUUCGUCUUUGGACAGCUGUCGCAUCCCGCGUCCAUUCCAAGUUUGACCAAGGCGCUGAGCAACACAACGGAGGCGAGCAUGGUUCGCCAUGAGGCUGCGGAGGCGCUCGGCAGCCUCGGCGAUGAGGAGGGCGUGGAAGACACUUUGCGCAAGUUCUUGAACGAUCCAGAGCAGGUUGUACGUGAUAGCUGUAUUGUGGCGCUCGACAUGGCUGAGUUUGAGAAGAACGGCGAGAGGGAGUAUGCCAUCAUCCCCUCGCAGGCCACGGCUGUUGCGGCUUAGAUUGGGUAUCGUUUGGGUGCGUGCAUGACUACAAGGCGUUUGCUAUCAAAAUGGGUCUAGAGGAAAAAGCAAUAUCCGCUCAGUUGUUGGUGUUCCAUUUGUGACCACAGUCGCACUCGUAGAAGACAGUGGACCCUUCGUCUGCGCUGCGCAGCUGCUGUGUGUAAUAGCGCACCU